AUGAAGAUGUCAAGUUGCUCAGGCUCCUGGCUCUCCAGAUGCUUCAUCACACUGGUCUUCCUCCAGCUGCCUUUGCACAUGUCAGCCGAAUCUCCAGGGAGCUUCUCGCCAUCGGUGGUGGCUCUUGCUGUGAUCCUACCUGUCCUGGGGAUUUUCAUCAUGGUGGGCGUUUACAUUAUCUGGAAGCAAAGAAGGUCAAAAGAGAGGCUUCUCUAUGAACAUGCACUGGAGGUAGAAAAUCUUCUCUCAGACCAUGCAAAAGAAAAAGGACGACUCCAUAAAGCUCUCAAGAAACUCCGGAGAGAACUGAAGUUAAAAAGAGCUGCAGCAAACUCAGGCUGGAGAAGGGCCCGGCUGCACUUUGUGACUGUGACCCUGGACCCAGACACAGCGCAUCCCAAACUCAUCCUGUCUGAGGACCGCAAGUGUGUGAAGCUUGGAAACAUAAGGCAGCCCGUGCCCGACAAUCCCGAGCGAUUUGACUUCGUUGUCAGCGUCCUGGGCUCCGAGUACUUCAUAGCUGGCUGUCACUACUGGGAGGUGUCUGUGGCAGACAAGACCAAAUGGGCCCUGGGGGUGUGUAGUGAGUCAGUGAGCAGGAAGGGGAAGGUCACUGCCUCACCCGCCAACGGACACUGGCUCCUGCGACAGAAUCAAGGGAAUGAGUACGAGGCCCUCACAUCCCCGCAGACCUCCUUCCGCCUGAAAGAGCCCCCAAGGUGUGUGGGGAUUUUUCUGGACUAUGAAGCAGGAGUCAUCUCCUUCUACAAUGUAACCAACCAGUCCCACAUCUUUACUUUCACCCACAGUUUCUCCGGCCCCCUCCGCCCUUUCUUUGAACCUUGCCUUCAUGAUGGAGGGAAAAACACAGCACCUCUAAUUAUCUGUUCUGAACUCCAGAAACCAGAGGAAUCAACUGUCCCCAAGACAGAAGAAAAAGGCCAGGCUAAUGGAGAUGAGGCCCUGCAGGUGGACCCUUUCUUGCUCCCUGCUCAGGCAUCAGAGCUCAUCCCACUCAGGGAUAUGAUCCUGUCCUGGUCCUCUGACCUUGGCCCAGCCCUUCAGGGGCUCAAGGUUCCUUCUUUCUAG